CCCUCUUCACUCCCACCCCCUCCUCCCUCCUUCACACUCACUCCGCCGCUUCCGCUCCCUACUCCGCCUCCUCUCCUUCAUCAUGCUAUUUCCCUUCCCCCAACUCUUCCAUUUCUGUCACGGCUCCCCUUCAUCUCCUUCCCUCCUCCACUACUCCUCCACUCUCCCUCCUCCUCCUCUUCAUGUCCUCUCUCUGUCCCUCACCUCCCCCACUCCUCUCUGCUCUCUCUCCCUCCAUCUCUGCUCUCCUUCAUAAUGCCCUCUCUCCUCCCUGCCCCCACCUCCUCUACUUUUCUCUCCGCUCUCCCUCCCUCUUCACUCCCACCCCCUCCGCCCUCCCUCCCUCUUCACUCCCGCCGCCUCCUCUCUCCCGCUUCUGCUCCGUACUCUGCCUCCUCUCCUUCAUCAUGCUCUCUCUCCCUUCCCCCAACUCCUCAAUUUCUGUCACUGCUCUCCUCUCCCUCCUCUCCUUUAUGCUUUCUCCCGCUGCAUGCUGUCCCUCCUCCUGCUCUCGUUCAACAUGCUCUCUCUCUCUCUCCCUCCCCCCACUCUCCCCUUCCUCAUGCCCUCUGCCUCUGCUCCCCCUCUCCUCUGCCUCUCUCCCACUCCCUGCCAUCCCUCCCCUCCCUGCUUUCCUUCCUCUCCUUCAUUUCUAUCACUGCUUCCCUCUCUCUCCUCUCUCCUUCAUGCUCGACCCCUCCUCCUCCUCUCACCCGAUCCAUUCCCUUCCUCUCUCCCCCUCCACAGGAGGAAAGCAGAAGCUGGGUCCUGCAUUUGGAGGCGUGUGGGAGGAAGGAGGAGGAGCAGCCGGGGAAGUAGCAGGGGGAGGCUGGAAGGAGGCACGCCAGAUGUACCUCAUCCAUGUCCCUGGGGACGAGGAGGAAGAAGAAGGAGAACUAUUGGAGGAGGGCUGUAUUUCGGGAGAGGGGGAGGAGACGGACAUCAUCAAAGAGGAGUCCGGUGAUAUGGUGGAUGGGGGUUACCAGCCUGCGUCUCUGCGGCUGAUCAAGGAAGCCCUGAAGAUGGACCCACCCAACCAGAACUGCCAUGGAUCCAGAACCCACAGCGAAGUAGGAGACAUGGAGCUCAGCCCUGUGGCCCUGAAGCGGCCCCUAGCCGUGAGGCCUGAAGAGGGGGAUGAGGAGGAGUGGGACGUGGGGUCCCCUCCAACGGAGGUGUCAGAGGGGGCGCUGAGUGUGGUGGACCUGAGUGGGCUGGAGACGGCCCUGAGGGCAGAGAGGGGGCGCGAGCAGGCAGCCCUGAAGAUCCCCCCCACAGCAGGCUCCAACCAUGGCUCCAGGACCCCUGAUCCGGAAGUAGUGGCAGACAGUGAGUUCAGCCUGGGCCAGAAGUACAUUGGUCUGGAUGGGCUGGAACAGAAGGGGGAGCUGGAAAGUCCCACAGCCUCAGAGAGGGACUAUGGUGAUGCCCUGCAGGUUCACGGUGCCCGUCUGAAGGAAUUACAGGGGUCACUGCCAGUGGGGGCUGGAGGGGAGCUGCAGCCACGCUGGCCCAAGAGGCUGAGGGAUGGUGAGGGGAUGGGGGAGCAGGGAGGCUCAGACGAGGGCCUACAUCACCUGUCUGCUCCGGGUAGCGUGGAUGACAGUGGUGAGGAGGAGACAGGGGACCUGAUGCAUUUCUGCAUGCAGUGCGGCGGGGGCUUCGCCAACGAGGCUGAGCUUGAAGAGCACCCUUGCCCCCUGGGGGACGCCCACCUGCAGGAAGGAGGGACAGAGAACACCCUGUUCCCCUGCGCCUCGUGCGGCCACGCCUUCAGCCAUGCCUGGGCCCUGAAGAACCAUGAGUGUGUGUGCGCAGCCGAACGGCCCCACCGCUGCGAGCUCUGUGGGAAGGGCUUCACCCACUCUCGCUCGCUGGAGAGGCACCAGGUGGUUCACACUGGAGAGAGGCAGCACUGCUGCCAGCAGUGUGGGAGGAGCUUCAGUCGCCUAGGCAACCUGGAGAGGCACCAGCGGAUUCACACAGGCGAGCGUCCGUACGGAUGCGAGGCGUGCGGGAAGCGCUUCAGCAGGGUAGAGUACCUGAAAAGACACCAGCUGAUCCACAGUGGAGACAGAGACAAGGCCGGCAGCGCUCACCAGUGCUCCCAGUGUGGAAAGAGCUUCGGCGAACCAGAGCAGUUAAAAAACCAUGAGUGCUUUUCAUAACAUUUUGAGACGUUUGAUAAUUGAUAUUUACCAGGAUUUCUUUGGAGAGGGAAAAUUGAAUUUGCUGACUAGGGUAGAAGUUGCUCCCUAAUCAGAGAGAAGAUCAACAUAAGAUAAUUUUAACCUAGCCUCAAUCCCGAAGUUUGCCAUUAGAAAUCUGUAAAGCUCUGACCUUGUAUCAGUUGUUGGGGACACAUUCUACCUACUCCAAAAAAGUGGAACAAAGACCAUGCUGGUCAUCCAGGGACAGGUUGAAAUGAACUGUCGUGAUUGUGCACAGAGAAACCUGUGCUUUUAUUUAUGUUUCUCAAUACAUUGUAUCUUUUACUAUAAGAAAUUAGUAUCUUCACUGAACAUCAAUCAUGACCUUGUUGAUCUUGACUAUCAAUGAUAAUAACAAUUUGGUAUUUUGUACUAUUUGUUUUUCAGUAUUAUCCAUCAGGAAUAAACAUUUGACUAUU